AUGGAUCGCGACAGGAGCUCGUUUGGAGACCGGUCAUUCGGGAGACCGAGCCAGCUUGUGGUGAAGGAGUCUGGGAGGAAGCCUCUCUUUGGGGCACCUGCUUCGGACAGGAACAAAGAGAAUGAUGCGAGUCGCGCGCGGACAAACAUCCCGACACUGCGCUCGAGCGUUUCCGUCAACGGCCUAUCACGAUCGACGAGCGCCGAAGCCGAGAGGAGAGGGAGCUUCGGCUCCCCUCGCGAGACAAGGAUGCUGAAGCCUGGGUUUAGCGGUUCUGCUCGGAAGCGCUUGUCCAUGAACGAAGCUUUUACUCUAGCCGCUCAAGAGAAGGACGAUGAUACCGAGGACCAUGUUAUGGAUGCGUCGCCCAGUCCUGCCCCGCGGGUCUGGCGCGAGCGACGGGAAGGGGACGAGAACCGGAUGAGGAAGCUAUUGGGACAAGACCACCUGGACACGAAAGCGCCGAGUCGACCUUUUUCGCGACAAUCGUUAGCCUCGUCGACAAUACCUGACAAAAAGCCUUCUCCCGAAAAGAGCGAAUCGCCACGACGGAGGUCUUUGUAUGCGACGUCUAGGAUAGGGCUUGGGUCUAGGUCGCCGGCCCCAGAGACCGCAACUACAACAAGUGAUGUUGUCAAGGAGGAUCGGCCAGCGAGUUCGCUUAGUGGGUUGCGCCCACCUUCUAACUGGCUAAGACAUAUGCCUUCGAAAGACGAUCUUACGAACCAGGGUCGGAUUCCGGCGCUGGUUCCUGGGAUUGAGGAUCCAUUGCCUUCAAUUGAGGGUGGGGGAGAGUCACAGCCAGCUCCCGAGCCCUCGCCUGCAAAGAGUUUUGCAUGGGAGGUUGAUGAUGACUUUACGGCUGGAGAUUUGCAAGUUUCCGACAGCCCGAGAAUUCGGAUGGGUGCCCGGCCGUUUGCGAACCGGAUCCAUUUCGAUGAGGGGAGUGAAGUUGACAUCAACUCACGGACGAGAGUGGCACCGCCUGGAUCGCGCAACACGAAGCUGGACGAGAUCCGGACGAGGGAGGUCAAGACAGGGAGCGAUAUUCCCCUCGAACUGCCCCGGCCACAGAAUACCAAGCUGGAUGAGAUUAGAGACCGUGAGGAAAAGGUCGAGCACCAAAUACCUAUACCGGAUCGCCACGCGGCGAGACCGAAGAACACGAAACUGGACGACAUACGACAGCGUGAAAUCAACGGUAUUCCCAGGAGGUCUUUUGCUUCCAUCAGGCUAGGGGAGAUCCGGGAGCAAAAUUCCAUGAUACGUUCGCUGUCGCCAGAAGAAAAUCGACCACAGACGAGUGGCGGGAUAGUGCCAGAGAAGAAACCAUCGCCUGAGCCUGAGAAGAGGGAACUGCCUCGACCAAAGUCUGCAUUUGAGAUUGCGGGCGAGCAAAUACCUGAUACCCCUGUGACGAUCUACAAGUCACGACGAGCCAGCAUAGAGACGCACGAGAAGGACGGGAAUGAAUCAAACGACGUUAAUGUUGUACGACCCAGCUUGUCACACAGACGCACGGAUUCACGAGACCUGCUGCGACAGCUGGCCAGGGCUACAAGCUUAAGUCCUGCUCCGGAGGCGGAGCCUCGACGGCCGGCCGACAGUGACAAGCCGGUAUCUCAACCGUUAGACCCGAAGCUUGACUCCAAACCUGACACUGCAUCGGCGAUUCCGUUACCCUCCGCUAACAAUGGACUGCGGCAUCGUUUCCAUCGACCAAAUCGCGAUCCCGAUAGCAAACCCACGGUUGGAUUUGCUGGACUAGCCCGAAAUCGUUCAACGGAUUCUGUCAAGAGCAAGAAAUCCAUGAAUUCGGAGGCGGACCCUACGGACCGGAUCACGGCUGAGGCCAACCUGUUUGCGCCGGCAGACAACCAGUCGGAGAAGGGCUCUAUGAGGGCUCCUUCACCGGUGCCAGAGUCGGACGAUGAGAAGGAUGUCGAGGCGACACCCCGGGCUCCCAAGCCAGACCCCUUGACGAUGCCAACACCGAGGGUCACGGGCGCAUACGUGGAAACACCAGCGACAGUCAAGGUGGAAAAGAUCGAGAUCAAGGAGGAGAAAGAAAAGGAGGAAAAGGAAGAGGUGCAGAAGGUGCAGGAGAAGGAGAAGCCAUCGAAACGAGAAGAACGACCACUGCGACCAAGAUCGACAUCGCUCCGAAAUAAGAGAACGGAGCUUGUGGCGACGAGUGGUAGUGACAGGGACACUGCAUCAGAUCCCGGGACAGAUGAGAAACCCCGAACCAGAACCUCGUCGACGGGCGUGAGAAGACGGCGCCCUCGUUCACUGUCACGGCGCAGAGCACCACUAAAAAACUCGGCAAGGCUACCAUCAGUCAAAGACGACCUCAAAGAGCUUCAGCGCGUGCAUCACAUUGAUGACUCCACACUGGAUGACCUCGAGGAGGUUCUUUUAGGCCGCAAAGCCCCGUCACAAGACCUGGAAGCUCUCCUCGACAACCUACCCCAGAAUCCCUCCCUUGAUGACGAUUUCGACUUUGACUUGGAGCUUGAUACAAAACUCAACACGAGGACCAACCAGAUCGACCCGCAAAACGACAACUCUGACCUUGUCCGCCUCACGCGCAUGAACAAUACCCUCAAGAGCAGCCUCUACGGAAUUCACACGGCGGCAAGGGGAAUAGAGCGCCUCUCUGAUCAGGUCAACAUCAAGAACCGGGCAGACGAGAAGAAGGCGAACGAGGAGAAGAAGAUCGAGGAUAAGCCAGUCGAAGUCAAGGUCUCUGACGACGAGACGAUCAAGCUAGAACCUUUGAAGACCGAGGAACUCAAGAAACCCGAGAAGGCUGAGAAGCCCGUGAAAGGUGUUGAAAGCAUGGGUGUCCUCCCCGACAAACACAUCGCCCCCGCUGUCUACACUACGCAUCCCAGCACCGGCACCGUCUCCUACAUCCACCUUCCCAUCCCACGCCUCUACCAUCGCAAGCCUUUCCGUCUAUCUUGGCUUGGGCUCUUGGUCCUUGUGCUUUCGCUUUGGUAUGCCGCCGAGUCGGCCAUGUGCGCCAUGUUCUGUCGACCAACUCGCUGCGGCAGCACACCUUGCGUGUGGUCUAUCAACGACCCGACUUUUGGCACCGCGAUCCCCGUCAAGCUGGACCAGUGGACUACUGGCGGUCGUGGUCGCGUGAUGGCCGAGCACUUGGGCGAAGAGCUGCAGGACUGGAUCGCCGACGCGAUGGACGUGCUCUACGACCGAGACAUCACCAAGGUCGACAUCAGCGGGUUCUCGUUUGAGCAGAAGCGCCAACACCGCCGACGCCUACGCAAGAAGGGCCUCGUUCAGCGCCGCGUUCACUCGCCAGAGCAGCAGGCAAAGUUUGAUGCCUGGCACCAGGCGAGGGUUCAAAGAGAGCGACAGGAGGAAGCCAGGGAGAUGGGAUAUGACAUCGGAGGUGAUGAGGAUGAGGCGAUUGGAGGAGAUGAAAGGGUUUGGUAG